UUUCACGUCUUUGACAUAUUUAUUUUGAGCGUUUGUAUUGUUUUAACUGUAAAGAUAAAUUAAUGAGUUUAUUCUAGCUGGUAGAUAAAAUUUAUUAAUAAUAUUCAAUAUUAAUUGAGAGGCCUUGUUAGAUUCAGUAGCGUAGGAGAGAAAUUUUUUGAGUUAUUGUUUAUUAUUAUAUAGUAAAUGAGGUGAUAAAAGUCCUCUUGUGCCUGCAAAAAUCUAAAUUUAUCAUAGUUAAGAAAAAAAAUUAACCGUUACAUCUUAUUGGCUUUAUGUUUGCACGGAAUUUAAGUCGUUGAUAAAUAGCUUCAUAAAAUCGCGGUUGUCAUCGCAGACAUAUUAGUAGUGUAAUCUAAAGUAUCCGGUGUACAAUGAAGAACUGAAAUAUUUACAAUUUAUCGUCAGCUUCUUUUAUUGGAAAACACACGUCUCUAUAAGUAAAACUACACCGGAAGAUAAAAAACACGUGAAAGAACAAAAAAAAAAAAACAAAGUAAAGCGUAGAGAACGGCGUGAAUAAAGUAUAAUAAAAAUAAAAACUCGUCGCGAUUAAAUCGAGUUAUGCCGGACAAAAAUCCGGGGAAUCGAAAUGGGCAACGAAACAAGAAGUUCUUUGCCGAUGAAAUAUCAUCGAUUGGCAUGUCACUACGACCGAGCGGCAGUUCCUCUUCCGGAAUAUCAAGUCUGGCAAGUUGCGGCGAAGUUGGAGCAUUACCGGAGUUGCCAGCCCAAGAUGAGGAGCGCUUGCAAAGAGCAGCACGGCUGUUACAACAACGACUAGUAUUACGGCAAUGGCUCAGUGAUCACGGACUCAGUUCUUAUUACCAAAAGCUAAUGCAGAUGGAUGUGUUAUCCUUGGAAGACGUGUACUGGGUUGAGGAUAAUGAAGCGCGUAGUACUCUUGGGAAAGAUCUCCCAAGGUGGAUUCAAGCUCGUCAAACUUUGCCGACAUCCAAAGACGAUCUUGAGUCACUGAAAGCCGAUUUAUGGAGCUCAGUUGUUAAAAACAGCCAACAUCAAGAUGCCUGGACAUGGGGAGGGAUGCUGGUGGUUUCAGUAUCAGUGGCGGGGCUGGUUACCCUUGCGGCGAUGACCCAGCCAGCAUUGGCACCAGAAGCGAAGCAUUCACUCCUUCAGUAUGUAACUGGAAAAUAUUUGCUGCCAAGCAAUUGCCGUGUUCAUUUCGAGUGGGAGGAACCGCAGUUAGUUGGAGAAACUAUGACAUUUACUGUUAAAUUUUAUCAACGUAAUGGACAACCCUACCCAAUCUGCGACAAAGACAAUCUAAUAAUAGAUGUUUCUGAAGGUACCAGACGUGUAGCAACCCUAAUAGAUUUAGGCGGAACAGAUCCGUUAGCGGCUAAUACUGCUGUUGUUAAAUUUACCGUACGACAUGCUGGACAGUAUCGUAUAGCUGUGUUAAUUGGUUCUUGUCAUGUACAUGGCAGUCCUUUUCUUAAAAAUUUUCUUCCUGGGCCACCGGAUCCCAAUAAAACAGUAUUUGUACGGCAGAGCUCAACUGUAGUAUGCACAGCUGGAAUCGCGCAUUCCAUGACAAUAGAACCCAGAGAUGAAUACGACAAUCUGUGUGUAUUUAGCUCUACAGAUCAUCCCACUGACGGCUAUAACGUCAAUAUUACUCAGAUUGGGUGUACAGAGGAAGGUCAAGCCGUGGUCUGUAAUAUACAGUUGGAAUACGACCAACCGAAUCAGAGAAUCCGAUUAAAAGUUGGAUUUCCAAAGGGUGGCUGUUAUCACGCAACAGUAAGUCUCGCAGGACUGCAGCUGCACAAUGGGGAUUUUGAUAUCAUCGUACUUGAUAGUUCUGUAGCAAGAAUGGUACAUAAUAACGUUGCUUCUAAAGACCCAGAUAUCUGUUAUGCUGCUAAAUUAUUAGGGAUGCAAGGUGAAAGAUUUUCAAAACCUAAAAAAGUUUUUUGUUUUAUAUCACCAAAACAAUUAACAAUAAAAGAAUACCUUCUGAAAUUUAUACCUAAGCGUCUUGUUACAUUCAGACUUUGUCCGUCAACUAAGUUUCAUUUUGAUAAUUCAAAUAAUGAAUAUGAAGGCUAUGAUUCAUUUUCAAUAGACGACGGUUGCCAGCCACCGGUAGAAUUAAUAUCCCACUAUCGUGAUGUUAUUGCCGCAACAUUUACCCUAUUCUUACUAAAAAAUAUCGGCGGUAGUGAAACAUUUGUAGAUAAACAAGAUUUUUUUUACCAUGAAGUUAGAAAACAUCAUCAAAAGCAUUAUCAUGAAAAACUUACUAUAAAAGUUCAAAGAGAUAAAUUAUUAGAAUCAUCAAUGAAAGCGACAAAAAGCUUUUCAAUAAGCGAUUGGUGUCGGAAUUUCGAAAUCACGUUCCAAGGAGAACAAGGUGUUGACUGGGGUGGAGUAAGGCGUGAAUGGUUUGAAUUGAUAUGCGCAGCACUAUUUGAUCCAGGAAAUGGGUUAUUUGCAUCAUUCGGUGAAUCACAACAAGCCUUAGUACAUCCUAAUAACAAAAGACCUCAAAAUCUCAAGUGGAAGCAUUACGAAUUUGCAGGACGUAUUGUUGGUAAAUGUUUGUACGAAUCAGCUCUUGGUGGGUCUUAUCGUCAGUUAGUUAGAGCUAGAUUCACGCGUUCAUUUCUUGCACAAAUAAUAGGCCUUAGAGUUCAUUAUAAGUAUUUUGAGCAAGAUGAUCCCGAUUUAUACCUAAGUAAAGUUAAGUAUAUUUUGGAGAACGAUGUUGAAGAAAUGGAGUUAUUUUUCGUUGAAGAAGAGUACGACAGAGAUGGACAGUUGACGAAAGUCGCUGAAUUAAUACCUGGUGGUAGUAAAGUACGUGUUACAAAUGACACUAAAUUACGUUAUUUAGACGCUCUUGCUCAGCAUCGACUUGCAAGUUCUAUCAGAAAUGAAGUUGACUCAUUUUUACGUGGUUUAAAUGAACUUAUUCCUGAUAAUUUACUCGGUAUAUUUGAUGAAAAUGAAUUGGAGCUUUUACUUUGUGGUACUGGCGAGUACAGCGUAGCAGAUCUUCGUGCGCAUCACGUAGUAAACGGCAGCUCUCCGGAAUUUUUACGCGUACUAGACUGGUUUUGGACGGCAAUUAGUAAUUUUACGCAAGAAGAGAUGGCCCGAUUGCUCCAAUUUACAACUGGCUGUUCCCAAUUACCACCCGGAGGCUUCCAACAAUUAAGCCCACGAUUUCAAAUCACCGCUGCUCCAACUUUUGCCAAUUUACCCACUGCUCACACUUGCUUUAACCAACUCUGCCUGCCUGAUUAUGAAUGCUAUGAUCACUUCGAACGCGCUCUACUGCUGGCCAUCAGCGAGGGAACUGAAGGUUUUGGCAUGAUUUAAACAUUUUUUUAUUUUAAUAUCAUUCUUACUUGUGUGAGACUUACGCCCGGAACAUCUGAUGUCUGGCUGUUGUUUUUUUAUGAAUAAUUUUUCUCCUAAUCACUGCAGAGCAUCCAGUUUUUACUAAACUACAUUUUAGCAACGUCAAACUCAGUCGAAAGUUUGAAUAAUUUUUAAUGAAGACAUUUAAAUUUAAAUUAUUAAUUUCUUUCUUCAUUAAUCUAUUUUAAAAAUACCUCUUUUUAGUAUUCAUACUUUUAAGUAUAAAACAACUAAGUAUUCUAAGCUACAUUCUUUCUUGACUAAAUUGAUUUUAGUUUUAACAAUUAAUUAACUAAACGAUCAAAAAUAUACAAUCUAGUCGCAUUGGCCAAUGAAUAAUACUAGUCACUGAAAAAAAUACUCACUUCAUAUUUUACUAUGAAUUGUUUAACAAUAAUUUAUUCUAAAAAUAAUUCUUCCAAAAUUUUUUUUUUAUUUGAAAAUGAUCAUAUUAUAAUAAAAAAGUAUUUUUUUCUUUCGAUCUAUAAAAAAAAAAAAAAUUAGCUUCUUUAAUAAGCAAAUGUUUACCAGCGAUUAAAUUUUUUUCUCAGUGUGUAAAAAAAACGGUUGAAUGGAUUUAUAUUAAUUUUAUAUUUUAAUAUUAAAAAGAACAAGUGUUAUUAAAAUUAUGUCUCGUUACAGUAUUAUUGAUUUUUGGUAUACUUGUGCUUUUGUGACUGCGUAGUGAUAAAUGAAAAAAAAAAAAUUAAAUUUUGUCAAUGUGACCGAUGAUUACUCUGAUAUUUUUUUACGUUUAUCUUCAACGAGCCUUUUGCUCUAUUAUUAUUUAAAAAUAAUAAUAAACAAUAGCACUGAAUAGUGUAUUCGUAGCCUAAAAAUUAAAUAGCAAUCUAUAAAAUAAUUUUGUUAAUUAGUAUGUACGAGUAGUCUUGAGAAAGUAAUUUAAUAAAUAAUAAUUAACUAAAUACUCAUUGAAAUGUUGGAAAAAUAAUUGAUACUCAUUAAAAUUAUAAAAUAGACGUGACUUUUUACUAAACAAUUUCUAAUGCUCAUUGAAUUUAAAUCUAAUAAAAUAAUAAUCAUGAUAAUAUAGAUAAUAUAGAUUUCCAUGCGCCGUAAAUAAAAAUAAAAUAAAAAAUUUAUUGGUUAAAAAUAUUGCAAAAUUAUAAUCAUUAUUUUAAAUAAAAUUGUCACAAACUUUUCUAAUAGCUUUUUGAGGCUGUAUAAAUACAAUCUGUAAGUAAUGUACUGAUAGAUUAACUUGUACUUAAUUAAUGAUGAAUUAGUUAAUUGAUUGAACAGUAGCUUUAUAAUCAAAUGAAAUAGGCUGAUUAGGGUGUUUGAUAAAAUAAAGUAAAAUUAUAUUAUUAAUAUUAAUAUUAAUAAUAAUAAUAAUAAUAAUAAUAAUAAUAAUAAUAACAGUAAUAUAAUAUAAUAUUAAUAAUAAUUAUUAUUAAUAAAAAAUAAUGAUAAUGUAUCGUCAAAUAAUGGCUGUUCAGUACUUGGUACUAAUUACCACUAUUGGUACUAAUCCAAUAUAGGUAACAGAAUAAUGAAUCAAUAAAAACUAAAUAAUCAAUAGUUUAUUAUU